AUGGACAAAUGGGACCUACCACAAUUCAAAUUUAGGUCGAUACCAAACAACAUCAUCCGAGAUGAGUGGCAAAAGUAUAAACGGAAUUUCGGAUACAUAGCUGCGGCUAAUGGAGAAAAGGACAAAACUCGUCUAAAGAAUAUUUUCCUAGCUCGAGCCGGCCCUGAUGUUCAAGAAAUAUUUUCUUCGUUGCCAGGAGCUGAUGUCGAAGAAGAUGAGGAAAACGAAAUUGACCCAUACAAGAUCGCUAUAGAGAAACUCGAUGAAUAUUUUUCUCCCAAGCAACAUGCUGCUUUCGAAAGAAAUUCUUAUUGGAAUUUGAAACCAAUGGAAAAAGAAUCUUUGGAAAAAUUUUUAUGGCGUUCACUCGAGACAGCUCAGAAAUGCGACUUCGGAAGUACCAAAGAAGAGAGUAGGAACAUUGCUGUCGUCGACAAGAUGAUUUUGUUUUCACCGCCUGAACUCAAAGAGAAACUUUUACAGAAAGACUCCUUAACACUGGAUGAACUAACUCGAAUGGUCAGUUCGUACGAAGCUGUUAAGUAUCAAUCGCAGCAGAUGAACACUGCUUCAUCUACUACAGAUAGUUCAACCUCUAGUUAUUGGACAGACAACGGUUCAAAUGUGUGCAAGAUCCAGGGCUCAUCGAAAGGCCCAAACGGUGAGUGCUACCGAUGCGGCCAAAAGAGCCAUUAUGGGAAUGACCCUCAGUGUCCCGCAAAAGAUGAGAAAUGUAGGAAAUGUAAGAGGGUAGGCCAUUUCCAUAAGAGAUGCCGUACGAUCCAGCGCACAUCAUAUCCUCAGAAAAGAAACGCAGACAGCAAACCAGAAUGGCGAACAAAGAAACCGAAACCUUAUGGUGUUAUGCGUGUUCGGGAAAACGAAGAGCAGGAACCACAAACACCUAAUUUCAUUUUUAGCAUUGGGAAUGGUGAUGAAUUUCUAUGGGUGAAAGUGGGAGGAGUUAUGAUUCAAAUGUUGAUCGAUUCGGGAAGUGCCAAGAAUAUUCUUGAUGACAGAACUUGGGCUUACAUGCAAACUCACGGAGUCAAAGUUGAAAAGUUUCGCAAGAAAACAGAUCAAACAUUCCGUGCAUAUGGACGCAAUUCAGAGCCAUUGACAGUAGAUGGAAUGUUUGAGGCAGUUGUUUCCGUUGAAGAUGCUGGAAAACGAGUUGAAAGAAAGGAUUGUUUUUAUGUGGUUCAAGGAGGAUCACAACCAUUACUAGGACGAUUGACUGCUACAAAGCUUGGAGUGUUGUCUAUUGGUUUACCUAGCAUGCAGGCAAGGGUGAACCGAAUUGUAGACGAGAAGAGACCUUUUCCGAAAAUUAAAGAUCUAAAACUCAGAAUUCCAAUCGAUAGAACAAUAACUCCUGUGGUACAACACGUUAGACGUCCACCUAUUGCCCUUCUUACACGCAUUGAAGACAAAUUGUCAACACUCCUCGCUACGGAUAUCAUUGAACCGGUAACCGGAGUUAGCGAAUGGGUGUCACCCCUAGUAACAAUCGUAAAAGAUAACGGGGAUCUUCGUCUAUGUGUAGACAUGAGGCGCGCAAAUCAGGCCAUACGACGAGAACGCCACAUGAUGCCGACUAUAGAAGAUUUCCUGCCUCGACUCAAGGCUGCAAAAUUUUUCAGCAGACUUGAUAUUAAGGAAUCUUACUACCAAGUGGAACUCGAAGAAGAUUGCCGAGACAUAACAACGUUCAUCACACAUAAGGGUCUGUAUCGUUUCAAGCGGCUGAUGUUUGGCGUGAGCUGUGCGCCCGAAAUGUUUCAGAAGACGUUAGAGCAGAUCCUGGCCGGUUGUGAGAACACAAUCAACUAUAUCGAUGACAUCGUGAUUUUCGGAAGGACGGAAGAAGACCAUGACCAAGCAUUGCAUCAGGUUCUAGCAACACUCAAGGAGAAAGAAGUGUUGUUGAAUCACAAGAAAUGCGUAUUCAAGACGACGGAGAUUGAAUUCUUGGGACAUGUGAUAUCUGAGGAAGGCAUACGCCCAACUGCCAGCAAGAUAGAAGCCCUGCAGAAAUUUCGAGCGCCGAAAACUGCUGAGGAGGUUCGCAGUUUUCUCGGACUGGUGACAUACAUCGGUCGUUUCUUACCGGACUUAGCAACAGCCACUGCUCCGUUACGUGAGUUAACACAAUCUGCCAAACAGUUUGUUUGGCACAACCGUCAUCAACAAUCGGUUAUCACGGAUGCGUCCCCAGUGGCCUUAGGCGCGGUCCUGGUGCAGUUUGAAGGCAUCAAUGAUAAUGAUCCUCGUGUUAUCUGCUACGCCAGCAAAAGCCUCACUGCAACGGAGAAACGAUACUGCCAAACGGAGCGUGAAGCUUUGGCAAUUGUUUGGGCGGUAGAACGAUUGUCGGUCUACUUGAUUGGCCGGAAGUUCGAAUUGGAAACCGAUCACAAACCGCUAGAGAUUAUCUUCUCGCCAUAUUCCAGACCGUGUGCGAGAAUAGAACGAUGGGUUUUACGCCUACAAUCGUUUACGUUUGAAGUUAAAUACAGAAAGGGUUCAAGCAACGUAGCAGACUCGUUCUCACGCCUAGUAGAAGAUGAAAACGCGGUGGAAUUCGAAAAGGAUAACAAGUUUCUCAUUUUGGCGGUCACGGAAUCAGUAGCAGUGGAUGUUGGAGAAGUAGAACGCGUGGUAGAAGCAGAUCAACAAUUACAACUAGUAGUCGAAGCUUUACGGACUGGAUCGUGGACCCGACCGGAGAAAAAGGAAGAUGUGGUAGUCCAUAAUUUAACAUCACCACUGGGCUACGAAGAAGCACCCAUCGUUAAUACGUAUGCUGUUCCACGGCUUCUGCCACAUGCAGCCAAAAAUGGCGGUAAAGUUCCCCGGGUGGUACUGCCGGGAGACGGCAGUGAAAAUCGAGCCGUCGGAAAUGUGCACGAUCUCGCGAAGGAUCUGGUCUCUAUAGUGAAUAUAGUGACGGCAACAUAUACGUAUACGGAUAACAGCAGCAACCAAAUGCUACUUAUCUUCCGGCGCCAGUUCAAGCCGCCCAUCAGCGGAUGUCGGCAAUUGAGAGAUUCGAGAAUGGUCCACUUCCAGAUCCAUCGUCAGCACCAGCACCAGUGA